AUGCCUCUCAGAGCUUUACCUUGCCCUGAGGUUCUGAAUCCACUCCGCGAGAGGAGGGUCUCCUCAAGCUGCACCUGCAUUGUUUGUAAAGUGCUGGGAAUCAAUGUUAAGGACAAAGAUUUGCUUGGCAAAUCCUCACCUUUGUUUGUUUUGGGUCUAUUGCGAUUCAUUGAUGUGGCUAUAGAGUUCUCUAAGGAGGAGUGGGAAUGUCUCAAUUCUGCUCAGAAGGCUUUGUACAGAGAUGUCAUGUUGGAGAAUUACAAUAACCUGGUUUCUGUGGGUGUUGCACUUUCAAAACCAGAGGUAAUCAUCUGUCUUGAAGAAAAAAAAGAGCCCUGGAUUGUUGAUCAAGAGAAGACAGUAGGACAAGAACAAGGCCAUAAAGGAGAAGGCACCCAGAGCGCCAGAGUAUUUACCCAGUCACCAAAUAUUCAAGCUCACCAAAGCAUCCAUAAAAGAGGCAAACCUUGCAAUUAUAAUGAAUGUGGAAAUUCAGUCAACUGUUCCUCAAGGCUUAAAGUUCACCACAGAAACCAUACUGGAAACAAACCUUACAAAUGUAAUGAAUGUGGAAGUUCCUUCACACAUUUCUCAAGUCUUAGAGUUCACCACAGAAUCCAUACAGGAGACAAACCUUACAAAUGUAAUAAGUGUGGUAAAUCAUUUACAAAUUUCUCAAAUUUUCAAGUUCACUACAGAAUUCAUACUGGUGAGAAACCUUACAAAUGUAAUGAAUGUGGGAAAUCCUUUAAACAGUCCUCAGAUCUUAAACUUCACUAUAGAAUCCAUACUGGAGACAAACCUUACAAAUGUAGUGAAUGUGGGAAAUCUUUCAGCCAAUCCUCAAGUCUUAGAGUUCACCUAAGAAUCCAUAGAGGAGACAAAUCUUACAAAUGUUAUAAGUGUGGUAAAUCAUUUACACAGUACUCACAUUUUCAAGUUCACUACAGAAUCCAUACUGGGGAGAAACCUUACAAAUGUAAUGAAUGCGGGAAAUCAUUCAGCUGUUCCUCAAGUCUUAGAGUUCACCACAUAAUCCAUACAGGAGACAAACCUUACAAAUGUAAUAAGUGUAGUAAGUCAUUUACAGAGUCCAGACAACUUGAUAUUCACUACAGAAUUCAUACUGGUGAGAAACCUUACAAAUGUAAUGAAUGUGGGAAAUCCUUUAAACAAUCCUCAGAUCUUAAAAUUCACUACAGAAUCCAUACUGGAGACAAGCCUUACAAAUGUAGUAAGUGUGGUAAAUCAUUUACACAGUCCUCACAACUUAAGGUACACUACAGAAUCCAUACCGGUGAGAAACCUUACAGAUGUAAUGAAUGUGGGAAAUCCUUCACCCGUUCUUCAAGUCUUAAAGAUCACCACAGAAUCCAUACAGGAGACAAACCUUACAAAUGUAAUAAGUGUGGUAAAUCGUUUACAAAUUUCUCAAAUUUUCAAGUUCACUACAGAAUUCAUACUGGUGAGAAACCUUACAGUUGUAAUGAAUGUGGGAAAUCCUUCACACAUUUCUCAACUCUCAGAGUUCACCACCGAAUUCAUGUAGGAGACAAACCUUAG